GCGUAAUACUUGGCUAACGUACAGGAAGUAGUGAUUUAUUUUAUAGAAAAUCGUCGUAAGCGCAUUGCUUGUAUAAACAAAUGCAUUUGAUUUAGUUUUCUCUAUAUUUAGAAUAUUUGACGCUUAUCAUUUGCUGUAGUACUAAGUCAUCGUGCAGUUGCUAUAAGAAGUUUUUCUUUUAAAGCGAACACGGUUUCAGGUAAACACGUGCUAACAAAUUAGCUUUUUUAGCUGCGAGAAAGGUUUGUUCAAUUAUCUGUGAAAGACUCGAUAAUGGACAACAUAGAAACACCCUACGACGACGAGGAGGAUUUUAUUGAAUGCAGGGUCUGUGAAAAAUCUCUAAGAGGUGAAACCCUGUACAAAAUCCACGUGACCACUCCAGGGCAUCUAAAGAAAGAGGAUGCCCUUGUUGCUGAGGGAAGAGCUACCAGACAACGCCUCGUACCGAAGUUUGACAACAUUGUGGACUAUCUGAAGUACCUGAAUAUCAACGAACCUAUUAUUGGUUUAAACUAUUUGGAAGAAGUGGUUGGUUUCGACCCGCAGUUGGGCCCCAAAUACUUUUGCAGGUUGUGCAAUCAAUCGGCAGUCCUCGCCGAAAUGGUUUGCCACGUGAUUGGACGGAAACAUCGUCAGAGAUAUGUGGAGAUGAGGCGUCCGGAUUUGGCGACCGGGACCCUGAAAUCCCAAGGAGGUAAAAGCAUUCGAGCCAAAGCAGAGAUAGUUGAGAGGCAAGAUGGACGAGGGAAUCCAAAGCUACUUACUAAAAAGGCAAGGGGGGUGGAAGGCAGGUUAAACAUCACAAGAGUUCCUCCAAGUGAGAGGCAGUACAGGAAGCAACCCACCCCACCAAAGUCCUCUCGGGAUUUGCCACCUCUGCUACCAGAAUUCAAAGAUUAUCACAGAAGGAAAAAUCCAGGACUUGAGCUUUAUCCAGAUGAGGCUGGCAUGAAAAGACGGCUUGAAGAGGAGGACAGUUUCAGCCAAGGCCACCUUCAAGAGGAUCGAGGCAGGUCCUAUUACGGAGAGGAGUUUGAUGAUAACAAAAAACCUGAUUAUCACAGAUCGUACGAAAAGAACCAAGCUCCACGAAACAGCAGGACACUUGGGCGGUAUGAAGUUGCCAGGUAUGAGGAUGAACAGCGUCCUCAGAGCCAGGAUCCUGCCGACCGUUAUUACCCGACAGAAGCACCUGUGUUUGAGAGGCACUACCCUGAAAGGGAUGCACUGGAGGAGUUCUACUCUGAAGAAGUCCGGCGUGGCCAGGAUCGUUCUCGUGGAUCACAGCCCUCAUCUGAGAUGAUGCCCCCUGAAGGUGAUGAACCUCUGUGGUCCAUGGAGAGGGGAUCUGGUAGGCACGACAGAAGGCACGGAUCGAGUGAACCAGAACCCAAGAGGAGAAACUUGGAUUCAACCCUUGAGCAUGACCAAUCGUACAGCAAUAUGUUUAAUAUAGUCAAAGACUAUCAUCAUAAAACAAGCGGUCCAUAUGCAGAGGAGGAGUUCGACAGUCCUGGGAUCAGCGGAGCAAGGCCACCCGCAGGCCAGGUUAUUAGGGACUAUGAUACUCUGACCAAUUUACCUGAGCCAUUCAGACGUUUCCUGAAAGCCGGGGAGGAUAAUGACAGGAGGAAUAAACGAAGGAGUCGCUUUUCUGAUGCCUCCCCAGAUGAGCUGAAUAAAGCUAAGGAGAUGUUCAGAGAUGAUCACCACCGUAGUGAUAGAGAUCCAAGAUCAAGUGGUGGACCAAUGACGGCCCAAAUACAAUACUCAGAUCCCCACCAAACACUGCAGAAUCCACCUUUUUCCAAAGGCUGCAACAGCGGAGGCGCCGAGUCAGGCACCGUCUUUGACGUUCUGAAAAAUGUUGAAAUCACAAGUGCAGAAGAGGCCAUUUUCCUGAAGAGCAAACUUAGCAGUGUUCUGGAGGAAUUCCAAAGCAUAAAGGAGAAAAAGGCGUUUGAGAACCAGUACCGAGGAGGAGCCUCCAUGAAGCAUAGUGACUUAAGGCCAGACCAACUGCCUCCUCGAGCACACGAGUAUGAGAGACCUCCCAGAGAAGAUCCUGACCCCAGACAACCAAAGAACUCCGGUUUUAGCGACAGAGGACGCUGGGAUCAGCGUGAUCCCAACGAGCAUCAUCAGGAAUAUGAUCAUCCUCCUCAUAUGGAGCCCUCACUCUCAGGACGAGGACAUUAUGAAGGUUAUGAAGGUGGAACACCUUUUUAUCCCGAAAGACUUCCAGAACUCAUGAACUCACCCGACUACCGGAAUCCUGAUAUGUUUUUUGACCCUCACCCCGCUGCGCCUCCCCCUCUUAUGGAGCAACAGAGCAGGAUGCAGAGGGACCCUCGCUACUCCAACAAUCUGGACAAAAUCACCUGCGCUCUCCUGGAGCUUGUGGCAAGAAAAUAGUCACUCCCAAGAUGGUUAUGAAAUAAAAUUAGAUUUUGUUUGUGUAAGUAGUUUCAGGUUGCAUGUGAAGUUGAAUGGUUUGGUUUAUUUUAGGGAAUUUGCCUUAGUAAAGUUCAGUUUUUGACCCGUCAAGAUCUGUGAUGUAAUUGUCUUGGCUGUAGUAAUCUGUUUAUUUUAGUUUCUCAUUUGUAUCAGUGUAAGCAUAACCAUCAACAUUUGUACACAGUUUCAUUUUAUGUGAUAUGAACGUGUUAAUUUACAAAACUAAAAUUCGUAAUGUGAA